AUGGCGGCAUCGCUGCGGAUCGCAAUCGUGCAGUGCCGGUAUGCUGAGGACCGCUGCGCUUUCAUGUUCAAGGCGCUCGCCGCCGCGCUCGUCGGCGGCGCCAUGGGGGGGCGCGGGGCCGCCGCGCUGCUGAAAUCGCCGGGGUCGUGGCUGGUGGAGGUUUUCAUGAACAGGCCGCAUGUGCCACCCCCGGCGCCCUCCGCGGCGUUGGCGCUGGGCCUGCUGUGGGCGCGGGCGGGCCAGGCUUCCGCCGUGGCGGGGGCGACGCCGCAGUGGACCCACUGCGACCGUCCCGCGAACCAUAGCGCCCUUGGCCACCGGGGGGUGCCUAAGAAGCUCUGGUCCUUCUGGAGCGACCCGGACUCGGCCAGACUGCCGAAGAUCUGCCAGUUGGCCGCGGCGUCGUGGCAGGUGUACGCGUCGGGCUACGAGAUCCACCUCCUGCACGCCGAGAACUGGAACGAGUUUCUGACGGACGCCCAGAUCCUCCGGGGCCACGGGCCGGGAGCGGGCGUCACGGCCACCACUCGAGACAACCGCUUCGCCGAUUGGCUCCGGGCGGUCCUGCUGGCGGAGCUCGGCGGGGUCUGGAUUGAUGCGUCCAUUGUCCUCACGGCGCCCUUGGGGCUGCUGAUCCACCCCGAUGCGCAGAUCAGCGGGGUCCAUCUCAGCGGCAUGCUACCUCCUUCAUCGCCGCCGCCCACGGCAGCCGGACGAUGCACCGCUGGCGGGACGAGUUCGAGCGCAUCAAUUCCUUGGGCGACAGUGAUCGGGAGGCGCUCCGCAGCCGGACACCGACUCCCGGGACACGCUGAGCGCGGUGUCCUUCGAGACCGGCUGGGACAUCACUGCUGCCCGGGGCCCCUCUCUGCGCGCGGCCGGGCCGUGACCGGGGCCAGCAAAGACUACGACCUCACGGCCGCCCGGGGCAUCAAGUUGCGCAAGGAGAGGAGCGGAAGGCGGUGGAGGCCGUGGGUGCCUGCGAGGAGGGGAGCGCGAUCUGAUCCAGGAGCUUGUCAACCUCCGGAUCUUUCCACAACGCCAAGGCGCGUCGAGGCAGCGCCCACGAGCUGUGAGCAGCGCCCGCCCGCGGCGGGAGGCCUGCACCGCGCCCUCCUCGCCCCGCCCGCGGCCCCCCCACACACGCUCCCGGGUCUAUAUCCUCCUCCGCUCUGUUCUUUCCUGGCUGAAUCCCUGUUCCGCCAUGCUGAUAUCUGUCUCUCGGCUUCCCCGAGUGAUCAGCACUAGUUUGCUAUAGGUGCCGAGGACGCCCUUGCUCCUAGGCUUGCCCAGUUUCAUUGUCCUCUCGACCCGCACUUUGAUGGGCACCCGUGGGGAGCGUUUGGCUCCGACUGUCGCCG